AUGGAGACGAUAAAACGUCCCCUGGAAGAGGACUCCAUGACAGCGUCUCCCUUUCCAAAGCGCAGAGUAUUAUCAGCCGGUGACGGCUCACCAGUCCCUGUUGCAGUUGACAACCAUGGCUUGGACGUGGAGCUCUUUCAAAAGGAAGCAUUGUGGCGCCAGAUGAGGCAGUAUUCUAGGGAUAAAGAUCGAGCAGAGCGGAAGGUUGUAGAACUUAGGCACAGACAGGAAUCGACCGAGGCUGCGAUGGCUGCGAUGGAGGCAACUUGGAUCCAUCUUCUGGAUGUAAUACAGGAGCGUGUUGGUACUGGAAAAGACAAGUAUACUCCGGAGACUCUAUUGCGUCUUGAUCGAUAUGCAACAAUGGAGAAUGUGGCUAAUCAGUUCAAGACACAAUUAGCGGAUCGAUCAAGCUCCACAAUAGCAUUAGUUGAUCAGCUCGUGAACCCCGAAGUAAAGUUAGAAACCGAUGCGAAUCGAAGCUGGCAACAGGAUGCCCGUCGCGCUCGUGAACAGGCGGAUGUCACAGGGGCAGAGCUACAACUGCUGCGCAAUCGACUGGUGCAAGCUGAAACCGACCUUGAGAAGUAUAAAGAGGAGUUAUCCCAGUCUGAAAAGCGUGUGGACCGUUCACGGAGUAAGACCGUCCAGGCCAUGGAAUCGAAAGAAGCGAAGCACGAAGAGGAGACACCGAAAGCAUCCACUCCAGAUGAGACGAAACCUCAAGAGGAACAGGAAGAUGUGCCAAUGGAACCCGCAGAACCCAACCCACCUUUGACUAAUGGGCAUGUUCCUGCGGAAGACAAAGAAAAUUGGGAGCUUCGUGCCAAGGAGCGCGAGUCGGAGUUGCAAAAAGUCAGCGAGGAGCAGAUGCAAUUACGAGAAGAGAUUCGAAGACUGGGUGACAUGGUUGGCUUCCCAUCCCCAGAAGCCAUCACCUCGUCCCACACUUAUCUAGCUUUACUUGCCGAGGCCAAGGAAUGGAGAUCACAGGCAGAGGAGGCACAAUCAUUCACAAAGCCGCUUUUGGAGCGCCUUGAGAAACUGAUGUCGGAACGCACCGAGUUCCACGCGAAGACUGAGGAGGAGUACAAAAAGAGAACUGAUGAGCUGGAGCUUGUUAUUGAGAGGCGACAACAUGACUAUGCUCGCCUGCGGGUGAAAUGGGAGGAGAUUUUCGCCGAAAAGGAGUCAUUGAAAAACCGAGAAAUGGAAAGGCAGAGGAGCACUAGCGAGCUCAAAACACUGGUCACCAGUUGCGAACAAAGGAUCAAUAUUCUGCAAUCCGAGGUCAAGCGUCUCCGUGCGAGAUUGGCUGCACAAGUUGGAGACGCCGAUCUCCUUGCCUUCCUCAUCGGAUCCGGCCCAGACGCCUUUUCUCAGCAAGAGACAACAAAACAACUACUCGAGGCACGGAAGAAGAUAGAGACCCUCGAGACCCAGGCCUCCAUGGACCAGAAGAGUUUCCAGGAUACUCUCGACAAGGCUCGCAAGUUCGAUUCGUUGUUCGGCGCGGACGCUAGUAUUUCGCUCGACCAGAAGACGGUUGCCAGUAAGCUUGCCGCCACCGAGGAAGAGCUGCGUAAAGCAAGACUGAAGAUGCGGGAUGACGAAGUGACCACCGAUGCCCUCUAUUCUGAGAUUGAUCGUAUAUCCGCGGCUUGGGAUAGUCUUGAAAAGCAAAACAAAAGCAAAACGUUUGAGAUGGUGGACUUCGAAGACAAAAUACGAAAGCUGGCGAACGAGAAAGCACAAGAGCAAAGCAAAUAUUUUGCUGAGAAGAAGAACCUCAAGGAGGCCGUCAACCAAUAUGACUCAGCAAUCAAGACCAAUGCAAAGCAGAAACUUGCCAUUGACCACCACAAGGAAAUCGAGAAGAAUCUCGAACAGCAACUAGCUCAACAGCAACUCGCGACGACCAAGGUGGAGGCUGCGCUCUACGACUUGCAAACCCAGUUUAGGUCGCGGGAGACAGAAAUUGCCAAGUCAAAGGGCAUGAAUGCGGAGCUGGAGCGGCUUAAUAACAGGCUUCAACAUCAGAAUAAGGACGGUGGAGUUAUGUUCCUGAAGCAGCACGAAGAGCUCAGAAAGGCGAGAGAGGACUUGAAGGUCGCACAGGAGGAAACCAAGCAGGUGGCGAUGAAGAUGCAAGAUACACCUGUAGUGACAAGUGCUGCAGGCCCUGAGGUGCAGGCAAUGGCGGACGAGAACAGGAAGCUCAAGGACAUCCUCAAGUGCUCCACUUGCCACAAUGACUUCCGCAGCCAGAUCUUGCUCAAGUGCAUGCACACUUUCUGUAAGUCAUGCAUCGAAGCUCGUCUAAAAAGCCGACAGCGGAAAUGCCCUGUGUGCAGUCUCCCUUUUGCACAGUCAGAUGUUCAGACAUUUUACUUUCAGUAG